CCGACAGAUUGAAUUACAGAAGGGGGGACCUGCAGUGGUUGCAAUGGGAGAAGGGGGUGAGGGAUAAAGGAGGGCUUGCACGGGAUUUAAUGCCCGAAACACCCCCGUAGACUGGGAAGGGGAACAAAGGGGGGAAAGCAGGUCUGCAAGAAUUGAUUUCCCCAGAAUAAAUCCUCUUCAUUGUAAUCGGAGAAGACAGUUUGGAGAUACAAAGUUGACCUGGUUGCCUUUGGACGCUGCUGCUGCUGCAUAUGAGCAGCCGUGAAGUAAAUUGAAGUUGCUUGACUUCCGAAGGAGAUCCACAUGACGAUAUUAUUUCUAUCUGGAAGAAGAUUUGAAGUUUUUUUUUUUGUUUUUGGGACCUAUGUACAUCAUUAAACAGCUGAAUGUAUUUUGAAUGCGUGAAACAAAUGCGGUUGGCAGUUCUGUAACGAUCUUUGAAUACCAACCGGUCUGUAAUUAUUUAUAGUGUUGUUAAAGAAAAUAUAGGGAGACGGGUGUCAUUUGCUAAUGAUUCAUUAAUAAAUGCUGCCUGAUAACGGUGUUUUAUACGAUCUACAGCAAACGAUGCUCCGUUGUAUGGAAUGACUCAAACACGAAUGAAAAGAGCAUCUUAAGUCAGUUUUAUUAUUUAUGAGUUGAUGGGUUUUUUUUGACCAUGCAGCACAUAAUACUUUUCUAUUUAAUUCUAAGUAGAAAUAAAAUAGGCUAGUUAUAUUUUAUUUAAUAGAUGCUGAAUAUGUAAUUAAUAUUGUAAAUAUUGCAUUUAAAAUAACGAGGGCAAUACAUAGCCUUCAUCAUGUAAUAACUUGCAGUAUUUUAUUUGCGAUAUUAUAAAUCUAUAUAUAUAUAUUGAAUGCGCCUCCAGCAGCAGCAGGUCCGAUGCUUUUGAAUUACCAGUAAUUUAACGUGUCAUCGUUUUGAUUAUGAUGUAAUUAAGACGUGCUUUGUUGUAUGCACGGUAAAGCGUCCCUGUCCACAGCAAAAGUGAAACUUUGUUUAAAACUCGGUUACAUCCUUUCCUUCAGCUUCUCAAUUCAUUAUCUACCGCACGGAGGCUUACGAGCAAGAACAGAAAUCCGCGGUAAAAUCCGUUAAUAUAUUGUUCAACCCGUUACCUACACGAGAAGAAUUCCUCUCAGGAACUGCUGUAUAACAACAGAUACGUACGUUCAUUAUUUUUAUUUCUUUUUACUCCGAAACUAAAAUAAUUUGUGUUUUGUUUAAUUCAACUGCAAGACGUUUUUAUUUAUCUAUUAUUAUUUCUAAUGAAACGGUCAUUUACUUUGGAAAACGUUUUAAUAUCCAAACACCGACCUGCUCUCGUCGCAGUAUUAGCGCUAUAAGGUGUUAAAACAAGUAUUUAUUCAGAGAAGCGGAUAGAACUUGGAGAAGAUGUUCUGGUAGUCGGCGGAGGAAGCACGACUCUAUCUCUCUCUUAGAUAACGCCAGUUAUGCAUUUACUGCUUAAAUGCAGCUGCGGUGAAUUUGACAGAAAUUUGAAGCUAGUGCUGAAGAACUGGGACGUUUUUCCUUAAUCCAAAGGAAUUCUUCUGCUAAUGUGUCUGUGUGGAUAUUGUUAACAUCAGAGGAAGCCAACUACCCUUAAACUCAGCAGCACACACAGAAUGGUUUUUUGUAACCAAGUUGAGUACACGUUUUUUCUUUUUUGUACAGAGGGGAUGUUAAACUAGAACUCGAAAUAUGAUAAUCACUGUGAAGACCUUUUCAUUUCCAUGCGCCGGUUUUACAGAGAAAGCUGGUAUCUGUCAUUGAUUGUCUUGGUGUUAAAUGUGACCAUGGGCUGCAUACACAGUAUCAGGUGUAAACCCAAGAAUUUCCGAGAGAGCGUCACCGUUCUCGAAGUGACCGCCUCCAUCGAUUCGAACCCCACCAGCAUCGACGAGUCCUCUGGCGUGGUGCUCCGGUACCGGACCCCACACUUCCGAGCUUCAGCUCGGGUCCUGGUACCGCCAGUGUCCGGGAAGGAGACCUGGACGGUAGGGUGGAUCCAAGCUUGCAACCACAUGGAGUUCUACAACAAGUACGGGAGCAAAGGAAUGUCGAGUUGGGAGCUCCCGGACUUGAGAGACAGCAAAAUCCAAGCAAUAAGCGACUCUGAUGGGGUGAACUACCCUUGGUACGGCAACACCACGGAGACUUGCACCAUCGUGGGCCCGACCAGGAGGGAGACCAAGUUCACGGUCAGCAUGAACGACAACUUCUACCCCAGCGUGACGUGGGGGGUGCCAGUCAGCGACAGCAACUCCCCACAGCUGACCAGCAUCCGCAGGGACCAGAGCUUCACCACCUGGCUGGUCGCCAUCAACCAGGCCACCAACGAGACCAUCGCACUGCAGACCGUCAAGUGGAGGAUGCAGCUGCAUAUCGAGGUCUUCCCGGAGAAGCCUCUGGGCCACCGGGCCAAGCUGCUGGAGCCCUCUGCCCAGGAGCAGCCCACCAUCCUCACCAAGAAUGAGCCCAUCCCUCCCAACGCCUUGGUGAAGCCCAACGCCAACGACGCUCAGGUCCUCAUGUGGCGGCCAAAGACUGGAGAGCCGGUUGUGGUUAUACCUCCGAAAUACUGAACUCACUUUUUGCUGAAACACAGUGAAAGGGCACUUAAAAAAAGUUCUAUGAUUAAGACAAAAUAAAGAUGCCCGGAUCGGAAGUACCAAUGGACUAUCCCUGGAAUGUAUGAUUGCAACCAAUCUACCUUUUAAACUGGGUCGGGUAUCACUGUGCUAAAUGAAAUCAUUGCAAAAAAAAAAUCUUGGCUAUUUGCUUGCUAUCUUG